UCGUCGUUUCUCAGUCACUGUAUCGCGUCCUCUCGGCACACUUCGACUAUACUCUGUUACUUAGUCUCUUUUUCCCUUUUACUUCUACCUGUCUUUGUCUUACUUUUUCUCUCUCUCUCUCUCUUUCUUUCGCGAUUUACGAGAAAACCAUGUGGAUGAGUUUAAAUCGAUAAAAGAAUGUCUUCGAAUCAAUAUUAUAGUUUUCCCAUUUGAGAUAACUAUGCGAAACGAGAGAUGAAAAGAUCAUCAAGAAUCUUUAUCACUCGGUCUAUCCCUUUUGAAAAUUCAACGAAAUCAUCGAUUGACAAGGAUCGAGGGUGAAGGACAUUCUAACGAAUGUAUUGACAAAGACGAAGAAAAAAAGCGAAAGGGGUGGUACACAAACGAACGAACGACUUGUGUCAGAAGGGCUAACUGGCAAGAUUAGAAAUAAAAGAUAGAAAAAUAUCCAAUAAUAUACGACGAUAUAUCAUGCAUGUCCGUGUGUUGAUCGGAUCGAUCGUCUUAACGCUUUCGAUUUUUUUUUCGGCAUCAAAUGCUUACGAAGCCGAAGGAAGAAGCUGGAAUUAUGUUCCAAAUACACAAUACCAUAUACAGACUGAUGAAGGUCCGGAACGAUACUUUCGCUUUCAGACGUUGAACGGUCAGUUUCGAAAAGAAAAAAGAUUGGCCGAUGGCACGGUCAUUGGUACGGAGGCCUGGCUCGAUCCUCUUGGAUAUUUGCGUUAUAAGGAUUAUAUUGCUGACCAUCAAGGCUAUCGAAUUCUAAAGUCGAAGAUGACGUAUGUUGGGAAGGAUACCCCAAUUCAUGAAGCUCUAAUAAGAACCAAGGAUGCACCAGCUCAAAGUGGAGUUUUAGUAAAGACUAGAAAGCCACCAAAUCCGUUCAGGAAACCGAACAGGAAUGUAGAUGUCAGUCCUUUGCCCAGGAAUGAUAUUAGGACCGGUUAUUACACUCCAACGACUAUCAGGCCGAUUACGAUCUCACCAUAUCUGUCACAGCCCAGCAACGAUUAUUAUCCGAACCGAGCAAAUUACGUACCACCGAUCGUUGGAUCGCAAAAUUCGAAUGAUUACUCGCGAGCUAAUAGUCCUUAUUACGGAGAGAAUUCGGUACAACCUAUUCAAGCUCUUCAAUCACCUGUUUCAAGUAGCGAUACGUUUUACAGAUUGUCGAGCCCGUCUCAAAUGUCUCAAAGUCAGCUGGCCGAUGAUAUUCUACCACAUAACGAAGUCCAUACUACUGCUAAUGGUUUCGAAUAUUAUCUUAGACGUCAAUAUCACGAGGAAGAACGUGAACCUAAUGGAGAAAGUAUUGGUUCUUUCGGUUAUAUCGAUCCUUUUGGUAUCAGAAGAGUCAUCUAUUACAAGACGGAUCCACAAACUAAUGGAUUUGUUCAUAAAAAAAAUAAUAGAUACGUUGGCUUUGCAGCAAAGCCAUACGAUCCAUCGCCACCUGAUCUUUCUCGAACGAAUAGAAUGUCUUCCUAAUUUUCUUCGUAUUUCGAAGAGCUGAUCGAAGAGCAGAUCUAAAAGAUCGUUGAAUAAUCUUAAUCACGUUACUUUUAAGUUAUGCCUUAUACGUACGAUGUAUUGCAUCGAUAAAUUGCAACAUCGAACGUUUGAUGAGUCUGGACUCGAUGAUCCGGUUGUUAUUCCCUAUCGUGUAUGCUAGUCUCCCUUACGAAAGUAUGCGAUGCGAGUAAUUCUUAAUUUUUUUUUUCUUUAAGAAUUUCUUAUCUUUGCAAAUAUGAAAGAUCAUCCAAAUGAAAGUAACGAUAGUUGGCACGUCGUAAUUAAGUUCUCUAGAUUCUUAAUAAAUUAAUUUACUUAACUUAUAUCAAUGAUUAAUAAUAAUAUUAAUAAUAGCUUCGACAACGUUAACGCACUACCUCGUAAAAUACUAUUGACAAAAAAGUAUUUUUUUUGUUCUCUCUCUUUCUUUCUCUCUUUAUUUUUCUCUCUUCUUAUUAUUCAUGAGACAAAGAGAGAAGCAUAUGCUUAAAGCUAAUAAUAAAGAUGCUUUGUUCCGUAAUGAACUACAUACCUUUAUAUCAUAGUCAUUUACCGGAACAACGUGUUUGUGUUUCACAUUCAUCGUCCAUUGACCUUAACACUUACCUUAACUUCCAUAGGAAGGAAUGACGUAACCAGUUGUGAAUAACUUCUUUUUUUUGUUCUCUUUUUUCUUUUCUUUUUUUUUCUUUUUUUUUUUUUUUUUAAUGCAAAUCACUUCAAUCGCUAUGGAUAAAGUAAUGAAUGAAAAGAAAUGAGAACAUAAAAAUAGGAAUUGGAGAACGUCGUCGCAUUUCUCAAGCGUGACGCUAGGAACGAGCGAAAGCGAAGGAACAAUGCUUCGUUUCUUACUACAAACGUACGUAAUAAUCGAGUGUAUUAUCGAUAGAGAUGAGAGGGACGGGUUUUAAUACGUGAUCUAAUGACUUAAUCGCUACGCCUUAGCAAAAAUGCCAUGCUAUAUAACACGCUAGAAACGAAACGGUAUGUCUUGAUUGGGUGAGUACGAAUGAAAACUGGUUACUGGACGUUGGAGGAGAAGAUUAUUUGGUCCUUAUUGUCGGAACUUUUUAUCGUAAUCGUCCCUCCUAUCGAUUUGUUGACUCAAUGGUUGCUGUUGGUUCUUCGAGGCAGCCUCUCGCGCUUCGGCUUCCUAUAAACGUAGAAAAAGAAAAAGAAAGAUAUGUAGAAAUGUAUUUAAAUGUUGCGUUACGACCUGUUAAGUCGAAAGAUCGAGAUAUCGAAAGAGAAAAGAAACGUCGAAGUUGUUGUUUUCGCAAGAGUUUGUUCUUCCAGAACGAUAGAGAUGGAAAGGGAUAGGAAGAAGGAUGUUGCGCGAGGAAACAGGGUAGGUAAAAAGAAGAAAGAGAAAGAGAGAGAGAAUGAGAGAAAAGAUAGAGAUAGAAGUAGAUAGAUGGGGACGAUAAGAAAUAAAAGAUCGUAGGUAGCAUAUAUGUAUAUAGAUGGUAUAUAUGUACCUCCUGUUGUCGAAUGCCUGCGAAGAUGAGGUCGAGGCCUUUCUGAAUCUCUUCACUGACUGGUGGUGGCGUGGGAAUAUGAUCGCCGGACGCGUGAAAGCCCGUCUCGUCCGCGGUAUAAUGAAUGGUGAUCAACUGCCCCUCCGGACUCAUGUAGGAAUAACUCCCUUGUUGUACUAAUGCCUCACCUUGCUCCGCACCUUCACCAACUGUUUUGAUGUAACCGCUCUCCUCGGCAAUGAUAUUAUUCCCGGUUUCGUAACUACGAAGGAAUCAUCAUAAGCCCGCGAAAUUGAGUUAAACUGUUAUUAUCGUUCUUUUGCGAACGCGAUAAGAUGAGAAGUGGUUUAUAAUUUAUCGAGAUUUUUAACGUAUCUCAUUCGUUAUGCAAACAAAAAAAGAAUAAAUAUUAUUGUAUUGAAAAGACAAAAAUGUUCAACAUACGUUUUGAAAUGUAAGAGAAAAUAAAACAGUUUUGUUUUAUUGUAUAGGA